AUGUUGCUCAGCGGUAGUCCGUCUUCUGCUGGUCAAAUCUCCGGAUCUGUCGAUUACGAUUUGGCUUGUUUUCCUCCAGGCCAACCAUUCCCAGACCCACACAGUACAAGGGAGAGUGUUGCAAAAAUUAUGCAGAAGCCAGCUGUCAAGAUUUCACCGGACCAGGAAGGAAGUCCGAAGUUUCAUGCGCAUUCCCGGGAUUCGGGAUUUGUCAUUGUCAGAGAAAUCGAGCUCAAAAAGGAAAGUUGA